AGUCGACCUGCAGCUACGUCAUCAUAAACAGGAUGGGUUAAAUUCCGCCUAUUCACAAACGUCAUGCAUUCGUUAUACAUGCAUGCAUGCGCCGAAAACGUGCCAUCAAACAGCAAGUGCACAGUUGCCCAGUGGGACAGUUGGGUCUCAGCACCUCCAGCGGCUCCAUCAAAUCCACAAGACAACCACACAGUCAACCAGCCAUGAGCAAGUCGUACUCUUCCUCUGCCCAGAGUGCCUCCUCAUACCGUCGCACCUUCGGCUCUGGCAUCGGGGCAUCACCCAUGUCCUCCCUCUUCUCCUCUGGAGGAGGUGGCCGCAGCGCCUCUUCAAGCCACAUGUCUUCCCGAGUGUAUGAGGUCAAGAGUGCUGGUAUUCCUUCCUAUUCCUACCGGGUGUCAUCUGGUGCUGGGGGAGCAGGGUAUGGCUCCUCUGCAGCAGUGCGCACCUAUGCUGGCGAGAAACUCGACUUCAACCUGGCCGAUGCCAUGAACCAGGACUUCCUCAACACAAGGACCAAUGAGAAGGCCGAGCUUCAGCACCUCAACGACCGCUUUGCCACCUACAUUGAGAAGGUGCGUUUCCUGGAGCAGCAGAAUGCAGCACUGACGGUGGAGAUUGAGAAGCUGAGGGGCCGCGAGGGGCCAGGGCGCGUGGCUGAGAUGUAUGAGGAGGAAAUGAGGGAGCUGAGGAGGCAAAUAGAGGCGCUCUCCAACCAGCGCGCCCGAGUGGAGGUGGAACGAGACAACUUGGCUGAUGACUUGCAGAAAAUUAAGCUCAGACUGCAGGAGGAGAUUCAUCAGAAGGAAGAGGCUGAGAACAACCUUUCUGCUUUCAGAGCUGAUGUUGACAAUGCCACCCUGGCCAGGCUGGACCUGGAGAGACGCAUUGAGAGUUUGCAAGAGGAGAUUGCCUUCCUCAAGAAGAUCCAUGAAGAGGAGAUCCGUGAGCUGCAGAGCCAGAUGCAGGACACUCAGGUGCAGAUCCAGAUGGACAUGUCCAAACCCGACCUGACUGCUGCUCUGAGGGACAUCCGCAUGCAGUACGAGGGCAUUGCCGCCAAGAACAUCGCGGAGGCUGAAGAAUGGUACAAGUCUAAGGUGUCUGAUCUGAACCAGGCUGUGAAUAAGAACAACGAUUCACUGCGUCAGGCCAAACAGGAGAGCAUGGAGUACAGACACCAGAUCCAGUCCUACACCUGUGAGAUCGACUCACUCAAGGGCACUAAUGAGUCUCUGUUGCGCCAGAUGAGAGACAUGGAGGAUCGCAUGACCCGGGAAGCUUCUGGUUACCAGGAUACCAUUUCACGGCUGGAGGAAGAGAUUGCUAAGAUGAAGGAUGAUAUGGCUCGUCAUCUGAGAGAAUACCAGGACCUUCUCAAUGUGAAGAUGGCCCUUGAUAUUGAAAUCGCCACCUACCGCAAGCUGCUGGAGGGAGAGGAGAGCAGGAUCACCACCACGGUGCCCAUCCAGUCUGCUUAUUCCUCCAUUGGAUUUAGAGAGACCAGUCCUGAGUCCCAGCAUCAGCGCUCCUCAGAGGUCCACUCCAAGAAGACUGUUCUCAUCAAGACCAUCGAGACCCGUGAUGGAGAGGUUGUCAGCGAGUCCACACAGCAUCAGCAAGACAUCAUGUAAACCGGAACAGUUUAGAAUAAGAAACACUAUAUGUAAUAAAAUAAUUUUAAAAAAUAGUACAACAAAUUAACAUUUUCCUACCACUACUAUGACGGUCUAUAAGCCGAGCCUAUUUUCAGAAACAGAAUGCUGACCAUUUCAUCUGAUUUACAUGGAAAAACAUAUGAGUGCAACCAGUAUACAUCUUUCAACAGUGUACUGAAUACAUCAUAAACAGGAUAGAUAAUAGAGGCACAACGUACUACCUUUAGCCUGGUUUUAAAUAAAGGUCAUUCCAGGAAUUAUGCUUUAUUCGUGUUACUGUCCUUCUCUCAAAAGCACCUGAAUUUGUCAUAUCUUGUCUGCAAAAACAAUGAGAUGGCUAGAGUAGAGUUUCAAAUUAACAACAAGGCUUUGUGUAGCUGUAUUGGCCCAGUAUCCACAGGGACAUUUGCAAAGUGCAAGACAGAUCAAUGGGCCUGAACCACCAUGGACAAAAGUAACAUUGUAAUGGUAAUUUUCACUGCACACAUUCAACGUCUUUCUGUGCAAAUGUACAAGUAAAUUACUUGAUUAAGAAGGGGGUUUAUUUGUGUAACUGAUGGGGGAAGUGAGAUGCUGGUCUUAGGCUUGAGAAAUGUCAGAAGCUAAAACAUCUAAAGAAAAAGGAACUCAGCUUUGUUUAAAGUUUGAGCUCAAUAGCAUGUGCUAGGUAUUUGACUGUAUGCAUAUGGGUGACCAUGUUGUGCUGCU